AUGUUAUCUAACAUAACUGACGUAUCGUUAUGGCCUUGUCUUCAUCAAAUACAUGCUGUUCCAAUUUUUGCCUGGAAUUUACCGUGUAUUUUAUGUCGUAUAGGAGGUACAAUUCUAUUGAUUAUUUCAAUAUUUUGUUUUAUAUUCAAUAUUCGUUAUUUUAUUCGAUGUCGAAAAAAACCACAGCAAAAUGCUCUUGUACUUUCUUUAUUCUUAGCAUCAUCUUUAAUUUUAACUGUAACUAUUCCAGGUGUACUAUUACAAUUAUUUACUUGUCAACGACAUUGUACUGAUAUUUAUUGUCGUUUAGAAGGUUUUAUUUCAUAUUUAUCCGGCACUUUAUGUAUGUUAGUAUAUAUGCUUUUAUCUAUAAAUCGUUAUAUAUUACUAUGUGAACAUAAUCAACCAUUAUUCUGUACUUAUUCAGCUAUAAUUUGUUGGAUUUUAAGUAUAGGUUGGACCCUACCACCUGUUUUCGGUUACUGGACAUCUUACACUCCAGAAGGUUUAGGAUUUCACUGCAGUGUUGAUUGGAAUAAUCAUACACUUACAAGUCAUUUUUAUAUUGUUUUAUCUUUUAUUGGUAUAUAUUUAAUUCCAUUGAUUAUUCUUUUUAUUGUAAAUUUACGUGUAAAUCAAAUUGUACGAAAUAUAUAUUCAUAUCAAAAUAUGAGUUCGAUAUUACCAAAUGUACAACAGCAUAGUUGUUGCAAAGAAUUUGAUUAUGAUUCAAAUAUUACAAUAUUUUUUAUGCGUAAAGCAGCAGAUCGAAAACGUUUAAGAACGCAAUACCGUUUUAUUCAAGCAAUUAUAUUUCUUGUUAGCGCAUAUUUAUUUGCUUGGACACCUUAUUCAAUAAUUGCAAUAUUACAAAUAUUUCACGUUAAAUUUAUUUUUCAAUAUGGAUAUUUUAUUACAUUGAGCGCAUUCACUGCUAAAUUAUCUGUUAUUUUAUCGCCAUUUGUAUAUUUAAGCAUAAUGAAUAAUCGUUCUUUAAAAGAACUUUUUUUCAUUAAGAGCAAAAGAACAAUCUAA